AUGUCGAAGCUCUCCAAAGUCAACCAUGCUGCCGGCAUCUUUGCAGAUAUGUCCGUUGAUGGGCCUGCAAUUGGCACCCUGGUGGCUAUCAUUGACCGAGCAAAGAACCUGCCUAACCGCAAGACUAUGGGCAAGCAGAACCCGUACUGUGCUGCAAGGCUAGGGAAAGAAGCCAAGAAGACACAAACAGAUAUGCGUGGCGGGCAGACUCCAAGAUGGGAUCAUGAACUCCGAUUUACUGUCCACGAAUCCCCCGAUUACUUCAAGCUGAAGGUCUCGGUUUUCAAUGACGACAAAAAGACAGACCUGAUAGGAGAAACAUGGGUGGAUUUGCAGAAUCUGAUUAUCCCUGGAGGUAGCCAGGAUGACCAGUGGCACUCGUUGCAAUGUCGAGGCAAAUACGCAGGUGAUAUCCGCAUCGAGAUGACCUACUACGACACUCGUCAACAAGACGAAGCAGUGAUUGAGAAGCGAAAGGAAGCAGCUGAAAAAGUGCAGAACAAAGCCGCUCCACCAUCAUCGAGCUCCGGUCUCUCUGGUCCCAGGCAAUUAAACCAGGUGAAGCGUCGGCCCCUUCCUUCUGGUCCAGCAUCGGCCGCGCCUCCCAGACCAGCCACCGAGCCUGUCCCAGUUUCUACCCAAGCUCCACUACAGCACCCGGUGCCCUCCAGGCCCAUUCACGAACCGCCUACCAUGCUUCCAGCGCCCGGAAAUGACAUGCCUCUGCCCUACCCCACACAACACGAACCCUCUUAUGAUAAAUCAUCAUAUGCGCCUCCUCAAGCACGUCAAUACGAGUCCGAUGGAUACCAGCGAGAACGGGCCAACACGCAUGAGGUUCCUUACCAUACCCAGGAAAUGGCCGAGACCACAUAUGGCGUACGCCCAUUGCAACCACGCAGUCGCUCCGACCACGAUGACCCCCGGGAUUACCGCUCUGUGUCACACGAGCCUGCCUUCCAUCAUGUGCCUGGAAGGCCCAGUCCUCAGGAAGAAGAGAUCUAUAGUCCUCUCUCGCCCCAGUACAGCGCACCGCCCUUGUCCUUUGGGCCUGUUUCAACAUUCACACCGCGCAAUCAAACAAUCCUGGAUGGACGAGAGUACGAUCGUUCACGGCCAAACUCAUCCUCAGGUCCGGUAGAGGAUAUCCGCUACCAAUCCCAUGAUAUCCAGGCAUUGCAGCCAAUUCGCCGCGAUAGCUACCACCCUGAAUAUGCGGGCAUGCAGCCUCGUAUGGCUCAGAUGGCUCCAGCUCCAUCUUCAACCAAACCAGUGUCUUCAUACCAGGCCUAUAUCCCCGGAUCCAGCACGACCUCCAUGCCGGCAAGCCUGGUGGCUGGAUAUGAGACCGAGAAUCAGGCUGACCGCACUGUUAUGGACCGUGGUCGCCGACGCAGCACUCAUUUUGAUGACGAGAUGAUGCUCACCCAACCAGCAUCUGCGCCUGCGCCUGCACCUGCACCAGGACCGGCACCAGCCCCAGCACCGUCGCACUAUGACUACCCUGUUUACCCUUUACGCACGUCCCCUCACCCCAUGGAUGACCGUCCUUCCAGCCGAAGGUCGGCUAGCCCGGAUAACCGGCCUGUUACACGUAGCUCGGUUAGCCCGCAACCCUCUGUAACCCGGAAAUCUGUGAGCCCGCGGCCUUCGAUUCAAAGUGACCGAGGAUCAUCAAUCCCAUUUUCUCCCGACUCUUACGACUCCAUCAACCCCCGUGCUCCGCGGGAAAUAACAAGCAGAGAGAUUUCUCCUGCUUAUGAAACCCUUUCACAAGCCAGGGACGCGGCGACCCGCGCGGAGAGCGAACCCGCUCGAGAUCUCGAUCACCCUAUCAUCGGCGAUGACGGUCGUGAAAUUGAUCCCUCGGAUCAUCUGCCUACGGACACUUGGGCUCCAGAGCCGGAGCGGAAGAACCGCAAGCCUGAAGUCAUUAUCCGCUUCAAGCACACCGCGCGACCAACAUCUCGCGGGAACGACGCCCCGGCUCGCACUGCAGGGCCUCCUCGGGUAGGCUUCAGAACUUCAACAGAUACUAUCGCCUAUCCGGGCGACCGAAAGAGGUACACUACCAACCAAGAAGUGGACCGAACACCGCCUCGGGCACAAGACUACGGGAACAGCUAUUCACAGAGCCGAGCCUACAGUACCCCGACAUCCGCAGAGCGUCCGCGUUCUUCACAACGUAGCUCCGUGUCUCCCACCCCCAGCAGCCGCUCGCCAAUCUACGAAUACAACCCUGGGCCGCCAAUUCCGUCCAAGGUGCCUGUUUCUCCAGGACCGCCAAGCUACCCCGUUGCGUCGGGCCAUUCUAGUGGAGGGCACCCGUUGGACGCCUUGAGCCGGGAGUUGAAGACCAUUGAUAUUGGAUCUGCUGGGUGCAGCCCAAGCCGGGCUAUUCGAAAAUAUCAACCACCUCGAGUGUCGGCCUCGAUGGGGUAUGCCAGCUAA